AUGAGGCGUUCGGCGACGGACGUGGUUCGCGGGCACUUGCUCGGCAAUGCGACGAGAGGCGGCAACGCCGCUUUCUCGCUGCCCACAAUCGCGCCGUGCGAGCGACCAUCAUAUACACUGUUGCCGCACCACCGGCGCAGCUUCCGCUCCGCUGCAGCUCCGUGCCGCCGCCGUCCGUCACUGCUCGUGUUCGGCUCGUCCGUGGCCUGGACUCGCACUGCCGUGACUGCAGGCAACCCCGAGCGCGGCCACACCCGAUCCUACGCGAUGGGACACGAGAUGUACUCCAAGGACUUGUACAACAUUCUGGGGAUCAAGGACGCCGCAUCGCAGGAGGAGAUCAAAACCGCGUUCUACAAGAAAGCGAAGGAGUACCACCCGGACAUGAACAAAGAGAACCCCAACGCCCAGAAGAAGUUUGUGGAGGCGACGAGCGCUUAUGAGAUCUUGAGGGACACCAAGAAGAGACAGGAGUACGACGGCAUGCGACGAAUGCGCUCAAGCAGCUCGUCGACGUAUACGUCGUACACGCAUCAAUCCGACUACACCAACUACGGGGCCGGCGGUGCCAGGGCGGGCCGCACCGGGCGCGCCGACGACUUCACGGCGUACGGCAUGGGUGGCAUGGGCCACGAGGACUUCUCCCGGUGGUACCGACAGCGGAGCGACAUCUUCGACGACUUCGAGAAGAUGUUCAAAGACAUAGCGGACAUGAUGAGCAAGAAGAUGAGGUCCAAGUGGUAUCAGAUGUGCGAGAACGGGGAGAAAGAACGAAAAGAAAAGAGCGAACGGAAGAACGAAGCGCGGAGCGGAAAGAGCGAAAGCGGCGAAGACAGCGCGACAAGAAAGAAGGCAAGGAAGAAGGAAGAGCGAAGCGAAGAACCCCAGGCGCAGCAGCAGCAGCAGCAGACGCAGGCAAAGAGCGAAGGGGCUUCGUCCACGCGGCGAAGGACGAGUCGCGCGAAGAAGGACUACCAAUGGGGCAAGUGGGGGCGGAGGAAUGCGAAGAAGGCCGGCCCGGGCGAUGCGGGCGCGGAGAAGGCCAAUAAGAACGGACGCGAGAGCAGGGAGCACAAGGCGGCCGAGGACGCCAAGCGGAAGGAGCGACGGUGGCAGAAGAAGAAGGAGGAGAUCAGGAAGCGGUGGAAGGGAUUCUACGAGUCCGACACCAUCAUCUUCUUCUGA